CUCCCGUCUCCUCCCCGGCCUCUCCCUCAACUCUCUCCACCCCUCGUGCUCUCCGCCCUGCUGUGCUCCCUUCAGUCCCUCUCCGCCGGUUCCACCCAGGUCGCUGCCGGCUGUCUGUGAGCUGGACGGGGUGGCGGCUGCUUCUCUCCGAUAAAGUUUCUCAGGGGCCGGGGAGGGGAGCGGCGGCCCGGACGGCAGAGGCGCCCAGUUGUCGCCGCCCGGCUGAGAGAAAGGUCCGGCCGCCUGAGCCCUGCGCCGCCGCGCCGCCGGGAGCGUCUGCCCUGUGUCCCGACUCCCCUGUCCUGCGGGGCCGGUAAGACCUACAGUUUUCUGUUGAUGUGGAGACUUAGGAUACCUCCAACUUUCCAGAGUUUCCAGAAGGGAAUUUUGGAUUGAAACUGGAAGAGCAAAAUAACCACAGCUAUGUUGUGCUGGGGAAAUGCAUCCUUUGGACAAUUAGGUUUGGGUGGAAUUGAUGAAGAAAUUGUGCUAGAGCCCAGAAAAAGUGACUUUUUUGUAAAUAAAAAGGUGCGUGAUGUGGGAUGUGGGCUCAGACACACUGUGUUUGUUCUGGAUGAUGGAACUGUGUACACCUGUGGCUGUAACGAUCUGGGGCAGCUGGGUCAUGAGAAGUCCAGAAAGAAACCAGAGCAGGUUGUUGCCCUGGAUGCCCAAAAUAUUGUAGCUGUUUCAUGUGGAGAAGCUCACACAUUAGCUCUUAAUGACAAGGGCCAGGUGUAUGCUUGGGGUCUCGAUUCUGAUGGACAACUUGGCCUACUAGGAUCAGAGGAAUGUAUCAGAGUGCCCAGAAAUAUUAAAAGUUUGUCAGAUAUCCAAAUAGCACAGGUUGCUUGUGGUUAUUACCAUUCACUUGCGCUUUCUAAAGCAAGUGAAGUUUUCUGUUGGGGACAGAAUAAAUACGGCCAGUUGGGUUUAGGCAUUGACUGUAAAAAGCAGACAUCACCACAGCUGAUUAAGUCUUUGCUAGGAAUUCCAUUCAUGCAAGUUGCAGCAGGAGGAGCACAUAGUUUUGUACUCACACUUUCUGGAGCUAUCUUUGGAUGGGGACGCAACAAGUUUGGUCAGCUAGGUCUUAAUGAUGAGAAUGAUAGGUAUGUUCCUAAUUUACUGAAGUCGCUAAGAUCUCAGAAAAUUGUUUAUAUUUGUUGUGGAGAAGAUCAUACUGCUGCACUAACUAAGGAAGGUGGAGUAUUUACUUUUGGAGCUGGAGGGUAUGGUCAGUUGGGUCAUAAUUCCACCAGUCAUGAGAUUAACCCAAGAAAAGUUUUUGAACUUAUGGGAAGCAUUGUCACUCAGAUUGCUUGUGGAAGGCAGCAUACUUCUGCUUUUGUUCCUUCAUCAGGAAGAAUUUAUUCUUUUGGGCUUGGAGGAAAUGGACAGCUGGGAACUGGUUCAACAAGCAAUAGGAAAAGUCCGUUCACUGUAAAAGGAAAUUGGUUUCCAUACAAUGGGCAGUGUCCUCCAGAUAUUGAUUCUGAAGAAUAUUUCUGUGUAAAAAGAAUUUUCUCAGGUGGAGAUCAAAGCUUUUCACAUUACUCUAGUCCCCAGAACUGUGGGCCACCAGAUGACUUCAGAUGUCCUGAUCCUUCAAAGCAGAUUUGGACAGUGAAUGAAGCUAUAAUUCAAAAAUGGCUAAGUUACCCUUCUGGAAGGUUUCCUGUGGAAAUAGCAAAUGAGAUAGAUGGAACAUUUUCCUCAUGUGCUUGCCUAAAUGGAAGUUUUUUAGCUAUUAGCAAUGAUGAUCAUUAUAGAACAGGCACCAGGUUUUCGGGAGUUGAUAUGAAUGCUGCUAGGCUUUUAUUCCAUAAACUCAUACAGCCCGAGCACCCUCAGCUAUCUCAGCAGGUGGCAGCUAGUUUGGAAAAGAAUCUUAUACCUAAGUUGACUAGCUCCUUACCUGAUGUUGAAGCAUUGAGGUUUUAUCUUACUCUACCGGAAUGUCCUCUGAUGAGUGAUUCCAACAAUUUCACAACAAUAGCCAUUCCCUUUGGUACAGCUCUUGUGAACCUAGAAAAGGCUCCACUGAAAGUACUUGAAAACUGGUGGUCGGUACUUGAACCUCCACUAUUCCUCAAGAUAGUGGAACUUUUUAAGGAGGUUGUAGUACAUCUUCUGAAACUCUGCAAGAUCGGCAUUCCCCCUUCUGAAAGAAGAAUUUUCAACAGUUUUCUUCAUACUGCAUUAAAGGUUUUAGAAAUAUUACAUAGGGUAAAUGAGAAAACAGGACAGAUUAUACAAUAUGAUAAAUUUUAUAUACAUGAGGUUCAAGAAUUGAUGGACAUACGGAAUGAUUAUAUCAACUGGGUCCAGCAGCAGGCCUAUGGGAUGGAUGUCAGCCAUGGAUUAACUGAGUUGGCAGAUAUCCCUGUUACAAUCUGUACAUACCCAUUUGUAUUUGAUGCCCAAGCAAAAACUACUUUGUUACAAACGGAUGCAGUUUUACAGAUGCAGAUGGCUAUUGACCAGGCCCACAGACAGAAUGUCUCCUCUCUUUUUCUCCCAGUGAUUGAAUCUGUGAAUCCCUGCUUAAUUCUAGUGGUGCGUAGAGAAAAUAUUGUAGGAGAUGCAAUGGAAGUCCUUAGGAAAACAAAGAACAUAGAUUACAAAAAACCACUCAAGGUUAUAUUUGUUGGAGAAGAUGCUGUGGAUGCAGGUGGGGUUCGCAAAGAAUUUUUCCUGCUCAUCAUGAGGGAGUUACUGGACCCUAAGUACGGCAUGUUUAGAUAUUAUGAAGAUUCCAGGCUUAUUUGGUUUUCUGAUAAGACAUUUGAAGAUAGUGAUUUAUUCCACUUAAUUGGUGUUAUCUGUGGAUUAGCAAUUUAUAAUUUUACUAUUGUGGAUCUGCAUUUUCCCUUGGCCUUAUAUAAAAAACUGCUGAAAAAGAAACCAUCCCUGGAUGAUUUAAAAGAAUUAAUGCCUGAUGUUGGGAGAAGCAUGCAACAAUUACUAGAUUAUCCAGAAGAUGAUAUAGAGGAAACAUUUUGUCUAAAUUUUACGAUCACAGUUGAAAACUUUGGUGCGACAGAAGUGAAGGAGCUGGUUCUGAACGGUGCAGACACAGCUGUGAACAGGCAGAACCGGCAGGAGUUUGUUGAUGCAUAUGUGGAUUAUAUAUUCAAUAAAUCAGUGGCUUCAUUAUUUGACGCUUUCCAUGCGGGUUUUCACAAAGUCUGUGGAGGAAAAGUUCUUCUGCUUUUCCAGCCUAAUGAACUACAAGCCAUGGUUAUUGGAAACACAAAUUAUGAUUGGAAGGAACUGGAAAAGAAUACAGAAUACAAAGGGGAAUACUGGGCAGAACAUCCUACGAUAAAAAUUUUUUGGGAAGUAUUUCAUGAACUACCACUGGAGAAGAAAAAACAGUUUCUGUUGUUUCUGACAGGAAGUGAUCGAAUCCCCAUUCUCGGUAUGAAGAGCCUGAAGCUGGUCAUCCAGCCGACCGGAGGCGGUGAGGAGUAUCUCCCGGUUUCUCACACCUGCUUUAAUCUUCUUGAUCUUCCAAAGUAUACAGAGAAAGAAACCCUACGCUCUAAACUGAUCCAAGCCAUUGAUCACAACGAAGGCUUCAGUUUAAUAUAACUUGGAAUUACAUACUAUUCAGCUCAGUGCAAAAGCAUUAAACUCAUUUUUCUUGUGGUGAUGAAUUCAGCAGUGUCACAGGUACUAUUACUACAGUUCUUACUUGCAAAACGUUUGAUGCUGUAUUCAUGAAAGCCAAAAAAAUUCUAAAAUGAUUAAACUUAAUACUGAAUUGUACAGAACCAUGAUUUUUCCCCCAUCUUCACAAGUACACCAUUGUGAAUACAUUAAAGUUUUACUAACGUGCUUUAAGAUUGAGUAUUUCAGAAAUGGUCUGAUGUGUGAGUGCAUGGAAAUGUUAUUUUCCAAUCACCAGGUGAAAACCCUUUAACUUCAUCUGGAGUAGGCAUUUGAUUAUUUUUCCAUCUUGUAAAUAAUGUUAAGUUUUGUAAUAAAAUAGUUAUGUUCUGGUACCAGUACCGUUUCCAUGGUUAUAAUUGAACUGAGAUGACUUUUAAAGGUUUAAAACUAAUGAUUUAAUCUUAUCUGAGCUUCUAUAAAAAGGAGAAAAGCAUGGUAGUCUCCCCCCCCUUUUUUUUGCUAGAAUGAAUGACAUCUGUGCAAACCUAAAUUACAGGUGGGAAUUACACUAGGCAACUCGUAGUUCCUCCCUCUGUGAACCGUGAGGUGCUGGUGGGCUGCAGGCCGGAAGAAUUUUGUCUCCACAGUUGCCAGUAAUGGAGACGACGGCCACUGAGAACCAGGCACUGGCUGAUAGCUUCCAGAACUAUGAUGCUGCAGGUUAACACUUAGUCCAUUGUUAGCGCUCCAGAACUAUAUCCUGAAAUUUUCAGUAACAGAUUUUAACAGUUUUAUGGUGCUGAUGCUUGGUUAUCUCAUGUCAUUAAACUGUGUGUUGAUGCAAUACAUGUGACUUUCUGCUAUAAUGCAAAUAUUUAUUUUUUAAAUUUAUAAAAAUAUGCCGUGAAAACUUUAAAUAAUAAAGAUUUAUUGGUUUAAUAUUUAAACUUUCA